UUUAUCAAAUAUUUAUGAAGAAAUUUAUAAAAAUAGUAUAGGACAUAUAUAUUGGCAAAUUAGUUUAAACUACAUUAAAAAAUUUCGAUAUUUAUUUUUAUUUAUAGUCAGGGGUGUGCCACUUUUGUUUUUCACUUUUUUUGGGUAUUUCGCCUUUCGUAUGUCGGUAUAUUUUUUGGUGUUUCGCUUUUUCGGCUUUCGAUUAUUUUGUAUCGCAUAUAGGGUUGUAUAGAAUUUUGGCCCGAAAACGACUCGAACGGUCCGGCCCUAAAAAAGAGGCCCGAAAAAAUGACUCAACGGCCCGGUUCGAAAACGACAACCCUAAUCGCUUAUCAUAUUUCCCCUUUUUGGUUUUUCGAUUUUGUGGAGUUUCACUUUUGUGAUGCUCCGUUUUCGAGUUUCGCUAUUUUCGUGUUUCGCUUUUUGUAUUUUCUAUUUUUCGCUUUUCGUCCUUCAAACUAAUUU